AUGCUUAUUCUUGAUGGUUGUUCCAGCUUGGAGCAAGUUGCCCUGCAAGGAGCUCCUCCACUGCUUGAAAGUUUUAGCUUCGAUGGUUAUGGCCCAGCAGAGAAUUGGACACAUUCCAUACACCUGCCACAAAAGGAAUUGCGCCUCAAGUCUCCUUUAGCUCCUGUUCAAAUAGUCAAGGUGACAAAGAUCUCCCUACAUGGUUGCGGUCGAUUGCAUAACAUAUACCUGCAUGCACUACCGAAUCUGGAGGAACUGGACCUCUCUGGUACAGCUAUUAAAAUAAUUGACCUCCAUGCAAUGUAUGUCCCGAAACUCAAGAAGCUAUUCCUACUGGGCUGUGAGCAGCUCCGUAGCCUAAUCUGGAAAGGAUCACCUAGACUGGAAGUUCUACAUGUGGAUACUCAAGGGACGAAAAGAUCAGUGGUCUGCUAUGGAGAACAGGGAUCCUUUGGCUUUCAGGCACAUAUUGUUUUUACGGAUGGAAGGUUCAUUUGGUCAUCCUCAGAUGGGCUCAAUAGCCGAUCACAAAAUGCUGUCUCCAAGGUGUACCUCCUUAUCUCUUGUACGAGCAGUAGCCAAGCCAACAUCACCAAAAGUAUCAAGGAGAUUGGAUCUAGCCGACAGGGUUUGGUUCCAACAAGGCCGCUAUUACCGUAUAAUGAUAUUGCCAUGGCUAAGGAUGUUACAUGCUCGCUCUUGGUGUGGAACUGUCAACAGCUCCAAACUUUGGACGUGCAUAUCGAGAUUGGUAAAGGAAGCUAUAAUUUAGAGAGUAUGCAAGAUGAAGGGAAUUUCAGAAGUUUCGCAGCUUUUGUUGUUGAAUCAUUGCAUGUGCAUGACAAUUGCUCCAUCACUGCUAUCCGCCCAUUCUGGGAGAGACUAAAAUGGUGUCAUGUUGAGAGUUGCCCCAAGCUACACUCUGUGUUUUCACGUCGGAAUGGAACAUACAGCUUUCCGUGUAUAGAGAUAUUUUCAGCUUCUGAUCUCCUGGUGGCCUAUUGCAUUUGGGGAGGCAUCAAGAGAACUUGGAAUGACCUUUACCCCAGACACCAGAGUCUCUUACAGCUGCAGCACAUAUACCUGUACAAUUGCCCAAGGCUGGUGUUCGUCCUCCUCAUUUCCUUCACCUUGCCCAACUUGGAGACCCUCCAGAUCGCAUACUGCAGUAACCUCCGGCAUGUUUUCCCAUGGGACCACAAGUACACUGAGGAAAUAGCAUCUGGUUUCACAUUCAACAACCUGAAGCACAUCAAGCUACACCAUCUUCACAAGCUGGAGCAGAUAUGUGAGGUCAAAUUGACUGCACCUGCGUUGCAGUCAGUCGGCAUCAGGGACUGCUGGGGUCUCAGGCGUCUCCCGGCCGUAGCACAUCAAUUUCCUAAGCCGGUGGUGGACUGCGAGAAGGACUUGUGGGACAAGCUCAAAUGGGAUGGCUUGAGGGCUGGGCAUCACAUAUCUACCAUAUAA